CUUCUUCCUAUAAAUAUGCAAAACACCAUGACUGGCUAGGAAAGGAAGAAGAUAGAAAGAAACAAGAAAUGGAGAGUAGGAAGAGGAGGGUCUUCCAGUAGAGACUUUGUCUUCUUUUCUCGAGAAUCAAACUUACAUAAAAACGAAGCCGUCAUUUGAAGAAUCGGGUAACGGAAAGGGGAAGGUGAUCCAUCUUCUUCCGGAGAAAGUUUAUUCUUUUAAUUCAGAAGAAACCACAAAAUACUAGUAAUCAUAAUCUCGCUUUCCAGUCAGGUUGUUUCUCGCAUUAUAUUGAUGGGAAUUUGCUUUUGACAUCUGAGUGAACAAAAGUGUCAGGGACUCGGGAUAUAAAUCUGUGGAACAGAGAUAAACAGAGAGAGAGAGAUAAAUGGGGAUGUACGAGCCUAUUAGAGGGCACGAUGAUGUUGAGAAGGAGCAGGAGAAGGAGAAGCGUGGAGUGAGACAUUCGGUUGAAGGUGAAGAUGAUGUUGAAAUGGCUGUUCAUGCAAGAUCCGGUACCGCCAUUCCCAAUGCCGGUCGUGAUUCUAAUAAGAUUGAAGAGGAAAGUUCCAAGCAAAAGCGUCACCAGCAACAACGUCUUGUUUCGCUGGACGUUUUUCGUGGCGUGACUGUUGCGCUAAUGAUCUUCGUGGAUGAUGCUGGUGGAAUCCUACCUGCAAUUAAUCAUUCACCUUGGGAUGGUUUAACACUUGCAGAUUUUGUCAUGCCAUUUUUCCUCUUUAUUGUUGGUAUCUCACUUGCACUUACCUACAAGAAUUUGUCAUGCAGAGCUGUUGCAACUAGAAAAGCAAUACUACGGGCUCUAAAGCUUUUAAUGUUAGGCCUGUUUCUUCAAGGUGGCUUCUUCCAUGGCCUUAAUGAUUUAACUUAUGGGGUGGAUAUUGAACAUAUGAGAUGGAUGGGUAUACUACAGAGAAUUGCAAUAGCAUAUCUGCUGGCAGCAUUGUGUGAGAUUUGGCUGAAGGGUGAUGGUAAUGUUAAUUUGGUGUCAUCUCUGUUUAGGCAAUAUCGAUUCCAGUGGGCUUUGGUUUUGAUGCUUAGCACUCUGUACCUUUCCUUGUUAUAUGGCUUGUAUGUGCCUGAUUGGGAGUAUCGAAUUCCAAUUGAAACUUCCUCUUCUCCACCAAAAUUGUUUUCAGUGAAAUGUGGAGUGCAUGGUGACACUGGGCCAGCUUGUAAUUCUGUUGGAAUGAUCGACCGCAAGAUAUUGGGUAUACAACAUUUAUAUAAACGACCGGUCUAUGCACGAACACAGCAAUGCAGUAUUAACUCCCCAAGUAAUGGCCCAUUACCUUCUGAUGCCCCAUCAUGGUGCCAAGCCCCUUUUGAUCCUGAAGGACUUCUAAGUUCAGUGAUGGCGAUUGUUUCCUGUUUUGUUGGUUUGCAUUAUGGGCACAUUAUUGUCCAUUAUAAGGUAACAAUGUCGACAGAGCUUGCUUUCCUUCCCUUACCAAAGGUUUAUAUUUUUUUCACAAGUUUUUCUCCCCAUAUUCAGGACCAUAGAGAUAGGAUCUUUCACUGGAUGGUUACAUCAUCAUGUCUUGUUGUCUUGGGGCUCGGCCUGAACUUAUGUGGGAUGCAUUUUAACAAGGCUCUCUACACAUUCAGUUACAUGUGUUUCACUGCUGGUGUUGCUGGCAUUCUCUUUGCUGGAAUUUACUUCAUGGUUGAUGUAUGUGGCUGUAGACGUCCCACCUUUGUGAUGGAGUGGAUGGGAAUGCAUGCGCUGAUGCUUUAUAUCCUUGCAGCCUGCAAUGUCCUGCCAGUUUUCCUCCAGGGAUUUUAUUGGAGGAGGCCUCGGAAUAAUAUUCUUGGGUUAAUUGGAAUAGGAAGAUGAAAGGGUUAACUGGUUACACUUUCCCCCCAGCUGCACUUUCAGUUUCAAGGUCUUGGGGCUCUGAAUCGCUCAACUUAUCUUAUUGAUUUUGGGUGGUUGCUGUUAGUGCCACCAGAGAAUUUUGGAAUCAGGUCUUUAUAGAAAUGGAGGCAAACUUACUCUUCUCUAAUGUGAACAACAAACUCCAAUGUAGCUUCUGUAUAAAUAUGAAGGUAGAGACCUUUUUUUUUUUUUUUUUAAUUAAUAAUUUGUAAUAUGUAGGUAGAGCUUUAAACAGGGAAAGCUCAUUGGAACUUUUCGUGGUAUCUUAUUCAAAAGAUGUAUUUUUCCCA